AGCUGUAGGCCGACCAAAAAACAGGCAGUGGAAAAGAGGCAUAAAAGUGCUGGUCCAAACUCCCCUCCCAAGCCUAAAUGCACCUUGGGAGUUGCAGUUCUCCCCAGUACAGUAUGAGAGUGGUUGGGUCACUCUCUCGCACUGCACUGCACUAAAGUCUGGCCCGGGAUAUUAUUGCACUAGCCUGGUACUAACCAUCCCAUAAUACUACCAUUUCAUUUAGUACGGAGCCAAAUCUUUUGGCGGAAGUACGUAGGAUGGCAGGCAAGGCUAUUAUUGCACUGAACUAGAGUAAAAUGUGGAGCAUUAUUGCACUGAGAGUAAAGCGAGGAUAGUUUUGCACUGGACUUCAAUUAAAAAAGGACCAGGGUGUUGUUGCACUGCAGAGGAGGAGCCAUAUAAAAAAUAAGUAUAUUACAUUUACAAAGUGAUUCAAUGGCUAAGCAAAUGUUCUCAUAGUAAGACAUGGGCCACUUUUGUAGUAGCGUGCAAUAUGAGUAAGCACACACACACAGUCCAUCUACAAUGUUUAUAAGAGUGCGUUAACAUGAACUUCAGUAUCCCGAAAAUGUUCGGGAUAUUACAUAUCCCGAAUUUGCAUUUGAACAUGUAAACACCUUUUCCCCGACUUCAGUAUCCUGGAUAAGCCCUUAUUCUGGACUUUGAGGAAUUGGAAUGUAGCUAGAUGGAGUUUUCAGACAGAAGUCGGGAUACUGACGCAUGUAAACACCUUAUCCCGAAUACAGGCGCUCCCCAUAGAACGUUGUUGCUGGUAUCCAGGCAACACACAUUUGAAGAGAAUUCUAUAACGGCCUAGAAUGUAGACUGGGAUAUAACGCUGUGUGCUCAUAUAAAUUCCUUAAUCCCGAAUAUGAUUAUAACCCGGAUAUGCCUCAUAUUCGGGAUACUGAACUGCAUAUAAACGCACUCUAUGUCGCAUGAUAAGUAUUGUAGAUGGAGUGUGUAUGUGUGUCUUACUUGUACAUGAGGAGAAUGAGGAAUGCUCUACUCAUACAGUAUCUGUCAUGUACGAAUUGUGUUGUCCAUGUAAAGUAUGAAUCAGAUAUUCUUCAAGUAUAUAGAGAUAUGCCAAUGUAAAAGGUUACUAUGGGCACCUAACAUGACCAGGUUCCGGUCUGCCUAAAGGGGGGUGUCAUAAUACUCCUAGCAUUGAAUAGAACAGUCCUUAGGUCUGCCUAGGUCUGCCUAAAGGGGGAUUUCCCCCCUCUCCCCCUUGCAAUAAUAGAACCCGGAAACAAUGGGCCAAUGGAACCUCUCUCUCUCUACUCUCUCUGGUAUGAAUCAUUUAGUAACUGUAACAUUCAGUAUAUGUUUUGUAUGGGUUAUGGGAGAGGAGGUGAAGCAUGGGUAACAGUUGACUUGACGCCAGCGCCAUAUGACACGACGGUGUCGUAACAGUGUCAAAAGAGUUUCAUGGACAAGUCAUAAACAUUAUGAUACACGUUUUAUAGUUUGACAUUGUGUGGGCUGUCUUUACCAGAACCGAAUGUCCCCUUAAUGACAACAGUCAUAAAAUCAGAAAUCAUAUACGUCCAUGACUGUCACGACACUUUUAUGACACUGUCAUGUAUAACGGCGGCUUCAAAUAAAGUGUUACUGAAACAUGUUUACAGAGGACUGUGGUCUACCUCAGCCCUCAGCGUGUUCAUCAGACACAGGAGACUGGCUGCUCUGCCGUAACAAACCAAUAAGACCAUAUAAUAAUAACUCACCUUUACAGUGUAGCACCAGCGGGAACUACACACAGUGUAGACAGGUUCAUCAACAUCAUGUGCACAUACACGUACACGUACACGUAUACGCACACACACACACACACACACACACACACGCACACACGCACGCACACACACACACAGUUCAAAUCUGUAUGUAGAAUUAACCACCAAUUUUGCCAAACGAGCUCAUUUUAUACAGAUCACUGACUUACAAUAAAUGACAGCAUGAUAUAGCAUAAUGUCUAAACAAAGUGGGUGUGGUUUUAACUGUACUUAGGCCUACUUAUCACUCUGUGUCCGAAUUUUGUCAUUUGUAAACUUUUAAUCACACACACUCUCACAGAUUCCACAUUCACACUCUCCACAGUACUCCUGUGUCCAAUUGGACACUUUCUUUAUUUUUCUAUUUUGUUAUUAUUAUUAUAACUAUUUUUAUGUGUUUAUUUGUUUUAUUAUUAUAAUUUCUCAGGGUUUCAAACAUCUGUCAAGUAUGUUGCUCAGCUAAAUCAUAUGUCUGAAUUGAGAUGUGUUUUGUUUGUUUGGUUGUUGUUAUUAACAAUCUUUCUUUUUGUUGUCAUGGGUGAAAGCUUUUUUUUUCGUGGAAGAGCCAUGUGGUAUUUAUUAUUAAGAAGAACAGUUGACGUCACUCAUCUGUAGAUGGCGACGCACGCUUGGUUGUCCACGCUGGAAGUGCAUGAAAAUUUCACAAUGAAUUCACUUCAUGAAUGCAACAUAUAUUGUUUUACUUUUAUGUAUAUAUGUAUAUGUUUCUUUCCAAGGCAAUGCUUUUUUAACGCAAAUAAAUUUGACAAGUUGCUUAUUGAGAGUGCAUUGUGUUCCUAACAAGUUGGGAAAAAACAUGUUUAAAGAAAAAAAAUGAAAAACGAGAGUUGCUUUCGAGGUGAAAAUGAAACAGAUUGUUCCCUUCUGGUCUUGAUAAAAUACAGCACCGCUGUUUUUUUAAUUUCCACCUCAAGUCAUGACAAAAUGCUAUCUCAUGCAACAGGUCAGAAUAUCAAUGUGCGUCAAAAUUACUCAUCUGAGGUGCAUGCCUUUUGUUGCCCAUGUAAAUAGGCCUACGUGUUUUGAUGGUAGCUCCAAAUACGUUGUGAUAUACUGUACAUAGGACACAACUUCUCUAAAGGCUCAAGAGCACUUAGUGUAAUAGCAUAUUUGUCGGAGCGCGGCUGUCUGUAUCGCUCUGGACUAGGCGGAGUUGCAGGCACGGUGAAGUGAAGCGCACAACAGCACUCGCAGGCAACAUUUGGGCAGAAAGACGCUCUAAUCGAAAGUUGUCGACAGCAAGCUUGCAGUUGGCUACAAUGAGUAUUUUCGACUGAUUUCAACUUUUUCGUGCUUUUGGGGUUAGGCUUCCGCAAUUGGAAACGAUGACAAUUACGCAUGGUUGUUUGCAGUAGAAGUGUUCUCACCCUAACCGGAAAGGCGUAGUGGUAUCAUUGGAAAAUACACUCAAUUUCAAUUAACGUUGUGGGAGACCAGCCUGCAUGGCCUACACCCUAGGCUCCGGGCCGGACGCGGGGCCUGCCGUCGGCCCCAAGCACUGCAUCACCAAGGUGGAGCUGUCCGUGGUGGGGGCCAACCUGCUGGACCGAGACGUGGCCUCCAAGUCCGACCCCUUCUGUGUCCUAUUCCAGGAAGUGGACGGCAACUGGGUGGAGCUGGGCCGCACGGAGACAGCGGUGAACAACCUGAACCCGGUGUUCGGGGUGAAGUUCCAGGUGGACUACCACUUUGAGGAGGUGCAGAAGCUGAAGUUCGCCAUGUUCGAUGAGGACAAGUGCAGCCAGCAGCUCUACGAACACGACUUCCUGGGAGAGUUCACCUGCACGCUCGGAGUGAUUGUAUCCAAUAAGAAGCUUCAGAGGCCUCUGAUCUUAGCCAAUGGCAAGCCUGCUGGGAAGGGAGGCAUCACAAUAACUGCCCAGGAGCUGUCCGACAACAGAAUAAUAACGCUGACUAUGUGUGGGAGAAGGUUGGACAAGAAGGACUUUUUUGGCAAGUCUGACCCCUACCUGGAGUUCCACAAGCAGGGUGACGAUGGAAAAUGGAUGCUUGUCCACAGAACUGAGGUGAUAAAGAAUACCCUGGACCCCGUGUGGAAACCCUUUACUGUGCCCCUCAUAUCGCUGUGCAACGGAGACGUAGACAGAAACAUUAAGGUGCUGUGUUAUGAUUACGACAAUGACGGUGGCCAUGACUUCAUAGGAGAGUUCCUGACAACCGCUACCAAGCUCAGUGAAGCGCAGAACUCCGUGGAGGUUGAGUUUGAAUGCAUUAAUCCCAAGAAACAGAAGAAGAAGAAGAACUACAAGAACUCCGGGAUUAUCGUGGUGAAGUCUUGUAAGAUUGCGAGAGACUACACCUUCUUAGAUUACAUCUUGGGGGGUUGCCAGCUUAUGUUUACCGUUGGUAUUGACUUCACAGCCUCCAAUGGGAACCCUCGAGAGCCAUCCUCUCUCCACCACAUCAACCCCCUGGGCAGCAACGAGUACCUGGCUGCCAUCUGGGCCGUGGGACAGAUCAUACAGGACUACGACUCGGACAAGAUGUUUCCUGCCCUGGGGUUUGGAGCCCAGCUCCCACCCGACUGGAAGGUUUCCCAUGAGUUUGCCAUCAACUUCAAUCCCACAAACCCCUUCUGUCAAGGUGUGGAGGGUAUUGUGCAGGCCUACUCCAACUGCCUUCCCCACAUCCGCUUCUACGGCCCCACCAACUUCGCCCCUAUCAUCAACCACGUGGCGCGCUUCGCCUCCCAGGCUCUGCAACAGGCCUCAGCAGCACAAUAUUUCACCCUGCUGAUAAUCACGGACGGCGUGAUCAGUGACAUGGACGAGACACGUGACGCGGUGGUGCAAGCGGCCAAGCUGCCCAUGUCCAUCAUCAUCAUCGGCGUGGGCAACGCAGAUUUCGCCGCCAUGGAGUUCCUGGACGGCGACAGCAGCGUGCUGCGCUCCUACACUGGUGAGGAGGCCGUCAGGGACAUCGUGCAGUUCGUGCCCUUCAGAGACUUCCGCAACGCUCCUAAAGAGACUUUGGCCAAGUCGGUGCUGGCAGAGCUGCCGCAACAGGUCACACAGUAUUUCAAGCAGAGGAACCUGUCUCCUAGCAACACGCUGCCGGAGGAGGCCUGAAGUUCAACUUGCAUGUUGCCAAAUUCUAUUCACUGUUUACAUAUUAUGAUUCAAAACAAAAAAGAGAUCAAACAAGACCAACUAUGAGGAAGCGCAUGAUUUUAUAAAAAAAAAUAACGAAAGAUAAAUGUUUUUAUUUAAAUAUAAAUGUUUGUUAAUGUUGAUAAAUGUUGAUUUAUAAAUCAUGGAUUUCAUUAAAAACUGUAAGUGUUCAGAAACACUAACUGAAUUGUGAGGAAGAUAAAAGAUUUGAAUGUACCUUUAUACAGAUGCUCUACGUUUCAAACAAACUUAUUUAUGAAAAAAAGAUGUACUUUUCAUGUAGUGAAAAUGUAAUUUGUGAAGUUGUACUGUACUUUGGUCAAGAUGUAUUGAUUUUAUACUGUCUCUUUUUGUUACCGCUCAGGUUGAGAAAUUAAAAGAUAAUACCCGUACCUGCGGUGAGGUCAACCUCUCCCAUUCCACUUCUCUUCUAGCAUUAUCGCUUCAAUCUGUUUCAUAACACAACAUUGAUCAAUUUUAUUUUCCAGUUACACCGUUUGAUUGAAUGAUGACAAAUGAUUAAAACGCAAAACAAAAACAUACGAGAAACACUUUUAUUGUUUUUUCCCCCCAUCUGAUAUUCCCAUUCACAGCACAAACAGAUGUGCAGUAGCGCUCUGAUGAAACUUCAUAAAAAUUCCAGCAUUUCUCGCCAUCAAAGCAUCAUUGUUAUUCUUUUCUUAAAAAUGUGAGGGCAAAAUACAAACAAACAAACAAACAAACAAACAAA